AAAAAAUGGCGGAAGCGAUGAACGUUGGUGUGAAUUUAGAAGCAUUUUCUCAAGCAAUAAGUGCUAUUCAGGCACUUCGUUCAAGUGUAACAAGGGUUUUUGACUCUCUGAAAGAUGGGAUGAAAAACAAAGAAACCCUUGAAGGACGCGAAAAGGUUUUUAUUACUGCGUUUCAAGAUAACCUGCAGUCUGUGAAUCGCGACUUGAAUGAAUUGGAACGCCUCAGUACCCUGGUUGGCAGACCUUCAGAGAGUCAUCCCCUUCACAACAGUGGCCUGUUGAGUCUGGACCCAGUUCAGGACAAGACCCCGCUGUACAGUCAGCUCCUUCAGGCUUACAAGUGGUCUAACAAGUUACAAUACCAUGCUGGCUUGGCAUCCAGUCUUCUCAACCAGCAGUCACUCAAGCGCUCAGCUAACCAAAUGGGGGCAUCUGCCAAGAGAAGACCCAAAGUCCAGCCCAGUACCCUGGUUCUGCCACCACAGUAUGUGGACGACGUGAUAUCGAGGAUCGGCCGGAUGUUCCCAGACAUGUCGAUUGAACUCUUCCGACCCAACGGGACAUCAGCAGUACUUCUGGUGACGUUGGGGAAAGUGCUGAAAACCAUCGUGGUGAUGAGAAGCCUGUUCAUAGACCGGACCAUCGUGAGAGGAUUCAACGAGAACGUGUAUUCCGAGGAUGGCAAGCUGGAUAUCUGGUCGAAGUCAAACUAUCAAGUAUUUCAAAAGGUUACGGAUCACGCUACCACUGCUCUGCUGCACUACCAACUCCCCCAGAUGCCCGAUGUGGUGGUACGGUCCUUCAUGACCUGGCUAAGAAGCUACAUCAAGCUGUUCCAGACCCCAUGUCAGCGUUGUGGGAAGUUCCUGCAGGAGGGCCUUCCCCCGACCUGGAGAGACUUUCGCACCCUGGAGGCCUUCCACGACACGUGUAGGCAAUGAGGAAACAGAGGGGAAAGGUUCCAUUGGAAACUAUUCUGACACCCCAUCUAAUAAGACAUGGCAAGACUUCACCUGCUCUUCAACCUCUGCCUACACUGUGCAUGGAGAGCAACAACACUGUUGUUUAUAGACUGUCUGUCACUGCCUGGUAGACCUCCCACUGUGUAGGAUGAUGUCAUAUGAAUGAGUCUACUUACAUUUAACCCAAUCUCACACAGCUGUCCAAAUGUUUGCCAUAUAGUAAAUUGUUCAGUGCUCCUACUCCAGUCCCCUGGUUGUGCUGAACCUUUUUAUUUAGCUACCACCCACUCUCCAAAUAAUAAUAAUAAAAAAAGUUAUUUUGCAGCAAAGUUAGAGCGAACAUAUUUAUGCCCCAAAUAUUGUGUAGUUUUUUGGCCCUUUUGUAUAGGAGCUGGGUUUAAUAUUUCAUGAACCAUGCUGGAUAUGUGGAAGAAAAUUGCUUUUUUGUUAGGUGGGAGUUAAAAAAGUUACCUUCUGUAAGUAGGACAGGACCCUUUAUGUAUUUAGAUGGCAAGGGAAGGGAAUUGUUCAUUUUGUAAAAUUAGGCGCCAGCCUUUUUGUACACUUUCAAAAGAAAUCUGUCCUUUUAUAACCAUUGUCUAAAUAAAGUACAUAAUUUGUUUAAUAGCCA